GGCCUGAGAAGGAUCCAAAAGUGAAAGAAGACAGCAUCAACCACUUGCAGUUUUUCAAAGCUCACAGGAAACGCUAACAAUGGUUGCAUGUGGCUGGACAAAGGAUCUGUUUAAUUACGACUCCCCAAAACUGAUCCGUUUUCCGAGUGUUGGAUGUGUAUGUGUGAAGUGGUGCAUUUAUGUACUUAUUGCCGUGUAUAUUUGUUACACACUCAUUGUUCACAAGCGCUAUCAGGAGAAAGAAGAACUUACCAGCUCCGUUCGCAUUAAUCUGAAGGGAGUGGCUCAUGCAGACAGGAUCUGGGAUGCAGCAGAAUACACCAUACCAACGCAGACAAGAGACUCUUUUUUUGUGAUGACCAACAUCAUUCAGACAGAGAAUCAGCUUCAACAGACUUGUCCUGAGUAUCCCACCGCCAAAGCGAUCUGCUCUUCCGAUAAGUCCUGUAAAAAAGGGAGCAUAGAUGUCCACAGUAAUGGAGUUCAAACAGGAAGAUGUGUGCUUUAUAAUGCAACUUAUAAGACCUGUGAGAUCACAGCAUGGUGCCCUGUUCAAAAGGAAGAAAGCCCCCCCGUGCCAGCUGUUCUGAGGAGUUCUGAAGACUUCACAGUGCUCAUAAAGAACAACAUUCACUUCCCCACAUUUAAUUACACCGUACAAAAUAUUUCACCUAAAUUGAAUACUUCCUGCAAAUUCAACAAGGUAACUUCCCCACUCUGUCCAAUAUUCCGUCUGGGAGAUAUCCUUCACGAAGCAAAAGAGAACUUUUCUGAGGUGGCAGUAAAGGGAGGAAUCAUUGCCAUUGAGAUUAAAUGGGACUGUGACUUAGACAGUUGGUCUUACUCCUGCAGUCCACAGUACAGUUUCCGCCGCCUUGAUGACAAAACAAGAACCCUAUACCCUGGAUUCAGCUUCAGAUUUGCAAGGCACUACAAGCUACCAAAUGGGAAAGAGCAGAGAACCCUUUACAAAGCCUAUGGAAUACGGUUUGAUGUCCUUGUGUUCGGCAUGGGUGGAAAAUUUAAAGCCAUUGAACUCUUUACAUUCAUUGGGUCCACGAUCACCUAUUUUGGUUUGGCUUUGACUGCUAUAGAAAUGUGUUUUCAUUUAUACAAUUGCUCCAGCUGCCUCAAAAUACCAUUCUGUGAAAAUUUAAUCAGGAAGAAGUAUGAGACUGUGCUGAUGCCAGAACAGGUGAUGUUUGUGUCCUUUGUCGAUGAGCCACAUGUUAUUUUGAUAAAGAUGCCUCUGAAAACAAGCUUGCAGAAUGCUGAGGGCAGCAUUUUUGAGAACCACCCUGUGAAAUUCUAUGAUCCUCGCACCUGCUGCUCCCAUGAGUCCAACGAGAACCACGGUACUGGAGAGUACAAGCUCAGGCCGCUCGCACAAAGCAUCUCUUCCACAGACUGCCCCGAGUGGUGCAGCUGCGGCCUGUGCAAGGUGACAGAGAAGUACCACGAGCAGCUCUGCUGCCGAAAAAAAAAUGGGCAGUGUAUCACAACCACCUAUUGGUUUACGCAGCUGGUGUUGUCUAGAGACACUCUGAAUAAAGCCCUCUUCUAUGAAGACCCCUUUCUGGACCUGACAGGUCAGAAUUCCAACAGCCAGCUGCGUCGUGUUGCUUACAAGCAGUACAUUCGCUGGCGCUUUGGCUCUUUUGAUCUGGAGGACAGAGCCAUCAUCCCAAGCUGCUGCAGGAGGCUGGUUAGAAAUACUUAUCCCAGUGCAAAUGGCAACUAUACUGGUUUUAAUAUGGAAUGAGGAUGUAGUUUAACUUGGCUCAUAUUCUGGACUUUCAACCUUUUUAUUUUAUGCACCUUUUAUGGACCUAUAGAAGAAGAAGAAAAAGCAUAUGACUUUCCAAGAUCUGCUGUGCAGCUGAAUUCUUGUGUACUGUCAUUGGAGAGGGACUAUUGCCUACUGCUUGGCUUAGAGGAAGAGGGGCCUUGAGCUAAAGUGCUUCCUUCUGCCUUUGGUUUGGAACUGUAGCCUCUGGGGUGAAUUCUUAGUGCUGCAUUUUAGUGAGAAGUUCCAGGCCUUUGCCUUUGCUUUGGUGUGUACCAAAGUUCCAGAUGAAUCAGGAGAUGACCAACACCCUGAAAAUAAGGUAGAGCCAAGGCAUGACCCCUGAAAGAAGAGAUACCACUUGAAAAUGUCAUCCUAUGUGUUUCUGUCCCCUAGCCUCACCACCACGCUGUGGCCCUGGACCAGGGCUAACAGAAAGAGGCCACUUUGCAUGUAUAUUUGUAACCCACUGUUAAAGACCUCACAGUCCAUCCAGAUUAAACAGGCUUAUUUCAGAUUUCAGUGACACAAAGCAUUUUCUGAAAACCCCAGCUGUUCUCUCCGCAUUAGUUCCUUUCGCUUAAAUCGGGAAUUACAAUGGAAAGUACUUACAUCAUCUUUGUGUAAUAUUUUCAGGCAUUUCAUUCAUAUUCACCGAGUUUUAAUGCUAAGUCUUUGGCCUCCUGUUUGCUCUUCGCUUCAAACAGGCCUUGCCUCCUACACCUCCUCCCACGGAACUCGGCACAGCGCAGGUUGCUUUUUGCAGUGAUGCAUAAGGCCACAGCGCAGCCAAGGAGCACCAAAUUCAGGGCAGUUUCGUCUGUGCUCCAACACCUUUCCAGUUCUUUCUUUUUGCUGCCCUUGGAGACGUUCUAUUUUUGUAGAAACAAGGUGAGAGGGAUUGUAAUGUGUAUAUUCCACACUCCUUUCCACUGAGCUUUGUUCUUUCUGAGCUACACCAGCAGUUUGCCAUUUCAAUUUCCCACGUAUAUUUUUUAAAUAAAUUGUGGAUGAUGCAAGCCACAUUUGUACUUUCA